CAGCAGGCUGCCAAGGAUCCAGCGUCGCCUUUCAGCUCACAGAGGGACUCGAUGGGGAUGGCCUGUCCUUACUGCCAGGCAAAAGGACGGAGACCGCAAAUCCAUGGAACGGUGCGGAACAAGAGGGGAAACGGAAAGCCUCCAUGGAAGCUGAUGCAAGCAGCAUUCUAUCAAAGCGCAGCCUUGCCGAAAGCCAGGGGAGGAGCACAGAGUGUGGCCCAGCACCCAAGAGAGUGGCGACCAGCUCGGAUGUGCCGGAGGACAUCACGGGCAUUCAGGGUUUGCUCUCUUGGAUCAGUGAUGUGUCAAGAGCUGCUGAGGUGCCUCACAAGAAGCCGAGAAGCCCUGCCCCAGGAUGCUUCAUCGCUGAGCUCCCUGACAACCCCUGGGAAAGCACAGAGCUCAGCACGGAGGCACAGGCUGCCAGCGGGACCCACAGCGACCCCUUCUGGGGGCUUCCACCAUCCCCUGGGUUCCUGUCUGAGCUGCAGUGUGAGAUGACACGGCUGUGCCCUGUCGUGCCACCAGCGAGUGCCCGGCUCAGUCCGCUGCCAACCACGCUGGCUGUCACCACACCUCCCUCAGCCCAACCCGCACAGCUCAUUGAGGAGGUGCAGCCAAAGCAGCCCCAGGUUCUUCAUGCUCCCUUUCCACCGUCACUGGGCUCUACUAUCUGCCGGGUGGCAGAUAAGAAAAAGAGGGGCAGCACCAAGCGGGCCAAGCGCCCUGCGCCUGCUGACAUGGCCCAGAAAGGGGAGAGUUCCCAGCAGGAGCAGCCCACCAGCAGCGCUCCAGCCAAGAAAAGGAAGCUGCUGCCAAGCAAGGAAGGAAAAGAAAGAAAAGGCUGCAAACGCCCACAUCAAGUGAAGCAGCCUGGGGCCAACACAGGAGCCAGCAGCAGCGGGCAAAAGGGCACUGCCAGCGAGCUGCACGUGCACCUGUGUGAAUCCAUCCAGGCCGUGCACCCGCUGGGGCAGAGAGUGACUGCGGUGGGGCCGGUGCGCCAGCCACUCUCUGUGCAGCCCCAACCCACACCCAGCGCCAGCCCUGCUGCCCUCCAGCCCCAAGGCAGAGGCUCAGCCAAGGCAGUGCCGGCACCUCCAGGCAGCACGGCGCGGAAGGAGAACGCUGCCAAGAAGACAGUGCAGAGCUGCCUGCGCCCAUCACCAUGGAGGAGCUCCGUGCUGUGCAGGGACCCACUGCCACAGCUGCACCAGCAGCAGCCUCGGCCACAGCGCCCCAUGGACUUUGUGCCCUGCGUGGGGCCCCGGGCAGGUGGCCGUGCGCUACCCAGAGUGCUGGAGGAAUCGCUGCCCAUCACAGCCGAGCAGCGGCUCGAGCGGGAGCGCAUGAAGAGGCUGGCCCAGGAGGAGCGGCAGCGGGCGGCCCAGCAGAUGAAGAUCGGCCCCGUGCAGUUCCUGGUGCAGCGGGAGAUAGAAAUGGCCAUAGCUGACAUGUACGGCUACCUCGGCAGCGCCGCCGGCUCCGAUUGGCUGAGCCUCCGCACGUGCGAGCGGCCGUUGACAGUCGUCAUUGGGCUGAAGCCGCUGCCGCAGCCCGGGCCGCCCUUCACGGCAGCGCCGCUGCAGCCGGGACUGUCCGAAGUCCAGGUGCUGUUUAAUAAUGACUUUGGAGAAGGUUUCAGCAUCCAGUCUCCUGCUCAGGAAGAAAGAAGGAGGUUUCUGGAGGACUUCCUGACGAGUGGAGCUGCUGCUGAACCUCCCCUUCCAAGAAGGCAGCAGGUCCUGAUGAUGGUCCAGGCAUCAAACAGCCUAGAGCUCGUGGCUGGGGAGAGGCUGCCUACGACUUCUUCCUGCUUGGGGUGCAAGGCCGAGAAGGCGUGGUUCUGGAAACGCCACAGCCCCACCAAAAACCGUGCCCCCGCUUACACCUUUAGAGGGACCAAACGGCCUGCGGCAGGGAGCUGCGGGCCAGGUCCCUGCUACUUUGUGGAGCCGGCCAUCACCAGGAAUGGCAAGUACGUGGUUCCAGGCGCCCACCUCCAAGGACGACCCACCACCAAGACCACCGUCACCCCCGGACCGAGUGACUACCGCACCGAAGCAGCCAACAGGCACGUCUUCAAGUGCCCACCGGUGCAGUCCAUGGCCUUCCGGCGGGAGCCCCUCCGCACAGACCGCCCUCCAGGUCCUGGCACUUACACACUGCCCAGGCUGAUGGGGCCCAACACAGCCUACACAUCGGCCAGCCCCUGCUACUCCAUCAGGGGAAGGAGCCAGCGCGGUCGCUUUGACGAGGACCUUGCCAAGACUCCAGGUCCUGCGGCGCUCCCCAGAGUGGCCGUGGAUGUGUACAAGAAAAGGGCGCCCGCAUACACCAUGGCAGCCCGACCAAAACAUGGAGAGGGCAAAGCAGUGAAGCCCGGGCCGGCAGACUACAACGUAGGCCAGGUGACGCUGAUCAAGCCCCAGGCGCCUGCCUCCACUUUUGGGAUCCGGCAUUCCCUCUACACAACCCCCCUCAUUGUGGAAUAAGACAGCACAGUCUGGAAGGCUGUGGUUGCUUUCCUGGAAUGGGAGGGGAGGGAGAAGGGAGAGUAGCCAACAUCCAGUUUCCUUCUGAUUCCAUUUCCCUUCAUCCAGUUGGGCUUUUGCCCGUUAUACUAUUAGAUGUUAGUGUUAGGAGUAAGUCAUUAAUAAAUUAAUUAAAAACCUUA